AUGACUGAAGAAUAUGCAACAGGUAUCUCGUUGUUGGGGACACCGACGGAGAUUUAUGUACAUGGCACAAGUUAUCUAUUCAUUUGUUGCUCUAUCUUCUUCGUCACCUUUGUCACGUCGGUCGUGUAUCUGCCAGUUUUUCACGAGCUCAAACUCACUAGCACUUAUGAAUAUCUCGAGAAGCGUUUCGAUAAAAGAAUAAGAGUAUUAGGUUCGGUCCUCUUCGCCAUCAGUAUCAUAACUUGGCUUCCAAUUGUUAUCUACGUACCCGCAUUGGCCUUCAAUCAAGUCACUGGAGUAAAUGUACACAUAGUUACACCCUUUGUAUGCAUUGUUUGCAUAUUUUACACCUGUGUGGGUGGUCUCAAGGCAGUCGUAUGGACAGAUUUCUUUCAAACUUUCAUCAUGUUCGGCUCCAUGUUACUAAUUACAAUUAAGGGCACAGCUGACAUUGGUGGAUUGUCAUUAGUAAUUCGAAGAAAUCUAGAAUCCGGAAGACUCGAAUUACCUAUGUGCGUUCAUUAAUUAAUAUUAAAUGUGUU